AUAGCAAGAACUCUUCUGCGUUGAAGGCAAGGAGUGCUCUGGCUGUCAGACGAGAAUGGCAGGAUAACUUUCGAUUUUAGGGGCAACACGUAAAGUCCACCAAAGUAAACUAAAUGGCCAUCUGUUAAAUAUUCCCUGUCUGUUUUCCUCAAUACGCAAGUCAACAUGACUACCCAGAUUUCUGCAAACCAGGAGCUCUUCCUUGACAUCCUCACCAAAGAGGAAAAGGAGGCUUUGCUCAGCAAAAAAAUGGAAGAGAUCCGCAGAAAAAACGACCAAAUCCGCAAACGUCAUGAGGAAAUAGAAGCAGAUAAACGUGGAAGUAGCCCAGUCAAAAACAGGCAGGCCUCACCCACAAAGGAACAAAAGGCCAUUCCUGUUGAGACUGUUGUGAGAGACGAGAACAGGAGACUGGAAGCUCCACGAACUCCUAAAUCUGCUGGCCGAGGGAAACAGAUAGAUAAAAAUAGGAAAGACAAGCCAAAAGCACAAGGCAGGCGUGCACGUGCUAUGCGUGCGUUACCUAACAAUGAGGGUGAGAGCCAUGACGAUGUGUCUCUGGUUGAGGCCUGGAACAGUGCAGUCCACAGAGACACCGACAAGCCCUAUAUCCAUGGCUUUCAUAACAAUGGUUUUCAGAGACCCCUGUCUGCAGACUUCCACGACUUCAAUCGGCAGCCUUAUCGCCAGAACAAUUGGGAAAAUGGCAACAAGUCCGGGUCGCCAGAUGUUCAGGAUUACCAAAGGCAUAACCGUCAAGGAUCCGCAAGGGACAGGGACCAUAAUGUUCAGCGCAGACACAGCUUUCGGGAAAACCAGAAUCAGAGGUCUUACUACAAACAGUCGUCAAGGGAGUCUGAUCAAGACCGGGAGCUUCCUAGGUACAACAAGCAGUCGUCUAGGGAGUCUGACCCAGAUAGGGAACUUCCUAGGUACAACAAGCAGUCGUCUAGGGAGUCUGACCCAGAUAGGGAGCUUCCUAGAUACAACAAGCAGUCAUCUAGGGAGUCUGACCCAGAUAGGGAACAGAGGUCAUACAACCGGGAUAACAACCGGGACAAGCGAGUUCAGUUUCAGGACUCCGAGUAUGAGCCUCGUCGUAAACGUACGCAUGGUGGUGCUAGCUCUCCUCCUCACAAGGAACCCUCUGCUAAUGGACCGCCCCCUGAUCCUGCCUAUAGCUUCCUGACUGACCGAACCCGAGAAUGGGCUAACACAGUCGCAGAGAGGAACCAAGAGCAAAGCAACAAUUACACGAGGCAUCCAAAAAACUUUGGUGGCACUGAUUUCACAAAUGUGAAAAACAAAAUGAAAGUGGUAAAGGAACGCCAGGAGAGAGGUAGAGGUGGACCUCCCCGAUCCAAGAUGGAGAUGGCGAUGGCAAUGACAGGCCGUGAGCGUCGUCAGUAUAUGGAGUGGCGAGCAGAGCGUGAGACGGUGGACCAAGCUAGAAUUGACCGUCAGAAAGCCACUUCUGGGGAGUGGAGACGAGAGUGGGACAACGAAAAACUUGUUAGAGAUUUCGAAGAUCAAGAGAACCCCAAAAGAUCAGAACCUGCCAAAAGACCAGCUGGUCGUAUAGGCAGUGGUCGAUUUGACCGCGGCGAUCGAGAUGAGAGACAGAAAGGUGAGAUCUGUGAGCAGCCAGGUACUGGUCAGUCAGAAAAGGUACCAAAUCGACAAAGAGAGGGGGAAGGAAACAAACCCAGAGAGGGUGAACCACAUCCUCGCAAACGAGAGGAAAAUGAUAGAGAGGGUCCACCGCGUCCUAUGGGGCGAGGGCGAGGCAGAGGGCGAGGAAGGGGACGCCCAGGGAGUGGGGAAGUGAAGCCACAGAGGGUGAGGACAACGUCAGGUGAGGACAGAACAGUAGAGACACAACAUGACCUCCUUAUUAUCAAAUUGGACAACUCCAAGGUGAGUGAUGGAAGUGUAGAGAUAGAGUACUCAGAUGGAGAGACACCAAAUAGUACAGUUAUUACAACGUCCUCUGGCAGGGUGCCUAACUCUCGCACAGCCCAGACAUCCACUGAGGAACUUUGGUGGGACGAGGAGGCAGAUGAUCUGCUAACAGGAAGUCUUCUUGGCGAGGACGGCGAUGAUAUAUUCGAGCAUAAGGAACUGUUUGGUGAGCAUGUUAGUCUGGAGGAAGACCAUGAUGGACUAAAUCUCCAUGACAAUAUUCAGGAAGACCAGUUCCUGUAUGAUUAUGAGGAGGGCCAGUUUGAUAGUACGCCACGUCAAAGUCAAAGUCAAGGUGACACAGACGAAUGGGAGGACUGCCCUGAAGAUGAGGAGGAAGAACUUGAAAAUCAUGCUAAAUCAGAUGCAGUCAAGAUAAACUGCCACCUUAACCCUGAGGCGCCCGAGUUCACACCCCACUCUCCUCAUUCCCCAGUCUCAGAUUCUGCUGUAAACAAAGCCCAAAAGAACACAGCAACUGUGAAUAAAUCUGCUACAGCCUCGUCUAAAUCCCAACACGCUCCGAGCUCCAAGCCAACGAAGGCUUCUGCUAAAGGUGCUGUCAUGCCUCACCAGGACAGCGAUUCCUCAGGGCAGAAAAUGAGGAAAGAAAAGGAAGGAAAAGCUGCAAAGAAGCCACUUAGUGACAGCGAUGGUAGCAAGCAGAAAUCUGCUGCAAGUGAAGGUCCAAAAAUGGACAGUAUGCAGAAAUCUGCUAUAGCUAAGAGUCCUAAAAAGGAUGAUAAACAGAAACCUACUUCAGGAGAGAAUCCAAAGAAAAACAGUGGACAGAAAUCUGUUCCACAGAAGAGUGUUAAAUUGGAGGAGAUAAAUGACAAAAAGUCAAGUGAUGCACAAAACACUGUCAGUUCUCACAAGAAGGAAGAAGGCAGUGAAGUGCUCACAUCUUCUCCAGAAAAAGACAGUCCUAAAGGUAAAGAUUCUGAGAAGGAAGUAGAGUCCAAAACAGAGAAGGAAAUAUCCUCUAAACAAGAGGAUCCAGUACGCUCUGAAGUGGAGGACACAUCCUCCACACAAGAGGAGGAGGUACAUUCCUCCUCAGAGGACAAUAGUCCUCAAGUAGACAACACACCCUCAGAGAAGGGUGAAGUCAAACCACAGACGGCCAAAGAUGUUGACAAUGCAGAGGGAAAACUUACUGAAGUCGACAGCCAGACACUGAACAACUCACCAGUUGAGGCAGCAGAAGUCCCAGAUGUGGACAGUUCAGGCAAAGGUGAGGAUUGCAAAGAUCCUGAGAGCCCCAGCCUUCCACAGGAGAAUGGUGACGCUGCCUCCUUAAAGCUCAUAUCAUAAGCAGUGCUGAUGAUCUCCUUCUGACUCCCGGAGAGUUGAAAUACACAAACCGUGAAGGAGAUGCAGCACCCAUAAUCCAUCUUUCGCUGACCAGUAGUAAAUGGUCAUUUAUGUACUGUAGCAUCAUCUGACCUGUAGGUUUGCAGGCAUACAUUUUGCUGCUUUCUCAGACUGUGUAAAGCAUGGAUAGGAUGACUCAAUGUUAACUGAUUACCGUCUCUCUCUAUGGUCUGAAACUAUCAUGAAAGUUGUUAUAUAUCGUAUAAAGCUAAGAGUUGCAUGUUCAGAUCAUAUGGUUAUCUCCCCUAGAUCAUGUAAAGCAGAUAUAAAUUUGCGAAAAUAACAUUUGAUGUCACAUUUAUAUUAGAAAUUGUCUCGUUGACUUUACUUUUAGUUGGAUCAGAGUGGUCUGCCACUUCGAUUUUACCUUAAGUAGGAUCAGAAUGACCUGUCACUUUUGACAACUGAAUAAAAAAAAGUAUAUGCCAACCACAAUGUAGUAGUACAUUGUAGCUGUGUAACAGUGGGAGUUACCUGGUGUGAAAUUACCUGUAAUCAGUGAGGUCAUCCUAGUUAAGUGUGAAAGGUCAUUGUGAUAGUCCUUUUUUGUAUUUUGUGUUGGGCAGUGGACAGACAUGUUUAGGUAGUACUAAACUAUUGUAAUGGAGAUGGCCAAAGCUAGAGUAAUUUUGUUGAGUGCAAAGUUUGGCACAAAGAUUGUGAUACAUUUUUGUAAUGUACUUCAUAACUCUAGGAUUUAUAUGGAUUUGUGCUCUUGUUAAGUAUUGAAUUUUUAAUUGUUGCAAGUUUUCAACAUUUGGUGCUUAUCAAAAUAGAGGUUAUUUUGCCAAACUUUGCUCCCAUCUAUAUUACCAUAUCUGAAUCAUGUUUUUUUUUCUUUUUCAAACUGAAGUAAAUUAAAAUGCUUACAAUUUUAUAGAUACUUAGGUUUUAAGAUAUUUACAAACAACUGAAAUAAUUAAUAUCUUAGAUUGAAUGUUGUGUGCCAAAAACAUUAAAGGGAAAACAAUUUUUUAUUCUAUUUUUAACAAUUGCUCUAAUAAUGUAUUGGAUUUUCUGUAAUUGAAUGAAUUUACAUUGAAAUUUCAAAGGAUAUCUGUGAUAGAAUAUUGAUAAUGGACAAAUAGUUCUGCCAACAUUUUAUUGGAUUUUAUUUAGGUACAAACUAUAUCACUGCCCUCUUAUCGGAGAAUUGUGAAACGACUUUCUCCAAGCUGAUAUUAUUGUCAAUUUUGUCACAAUUUUAUAUUACACAUGGACAACAGAACAAUGUUGUAUAUUUUAUACUUAAGCUGUGUGUGGCCUAAAUGUGUUGUUUUGAUUCCUGGGUUAUUAUUCUGUGAACACCUGAUUUCUUUAACACUGGAUAAAAGAGUUGUUUGUUUUUAGAUUACACUUGCUUUCGCAGUUGUGCUUUUAACGAUAGCCCACUAGUUACAAAUUAGUUUUUAAAAAUACAAAUUUGUAAUUUUUUUACCACAUGGGGCAAGUGUUUUUGUUACCAUAGCCAAGGUAUUGAUCUGGAUACCGUGACCCACGCUUUCUACAACCUUGCCAGUGUUAUGUGUUCUGUAAUGAAAGAUAUUGUGUAUGGGAUCAUUUUCAUCUCAUUUUUUCAUUCUUGAUAACCAUGAAGUGUUGGUGUGUGAUGACAUGGUGCUUAGAUUGUAUGAUUACCUUAACUCAUAUGUGUGAAAUAUGUACAUAUCAAAAGUACAUGUAUCUCUUCGAUAUGGGGAGUUGUGUAGAACUCAAAACUUAUACUCAUUGUUUUAUGACAGCAUGUACACAUUAAACUUCAUAAACCUUAGGUUUACUUUGAUCUGACUUGGAAAAUUUUAAAUAAGUUUUGUUUAAAGAAUAAAAAAUGAUCAUAAAGUCAGAAAACUGUUACUAAAAGUACAUAUAGACAUGUGACUACUAGUUUAAGUUUGUAGGUUAUGUAUCUUUAUAAUCCUGUAAUGGUUGUGGGUUUUUAUACCUCUCUGUCUCUGAGUUAAACUUUUUUAUGAUAACGAGUUAGACAUGUUGUGAUGGUGAAUUACACAAAUUGUGUUGAUGAGUGAGACAACUUGUGAUGAUGAGUUAGUACAACUUGUCAUGAUGAGUUACACAACUUGUGAUGAUGAGUUACACAACUUGUGAUGAUGAGUUAGAACAAGUUGUGAUGAUGAGUUACACAACUUGUGAUGAUGAGUAUCAACUUUUUAGGAAAUUUGUACACAUUGUUAUGAAAAUUUGGUUGUCUGAUGGAAUUUUAAUUACGCAAUUUGUUAGAAUGUCCUGUGGUCAGUUACUAUAACUGAUGUCAUGGAACUGAGAUUUGUGAAUAUAAAGCUUCAUUGCUUACUAUUGAUUGGUCAAUUUCUUGCAUGAUUUGAAUUUGAGAAUUUUGUACACAAUGUGUUCAUUUAAUAGUCCUGAUGGAUAGUAAGUAUGCGAUGUGACGUAGGCAAAAUAUGGAAUGGUUAUUUUUGCGUAAUAUAUUUCAUAUUAAUAUAUUUAUUAUUUUGUAUGUGUAGAAUUGGAGCUACUAUUCAUCAGUUGUGAUCUAAACCAUGGAGAGGUUGUGUAGUAUUUUAAAAUAAUGAGGGGAUAGAAAGGAACUAAAUCUUAUGAAGUAGAUGUCUGCAGUUUAGAAUAUGUGUAGUAGUAUUCAUAAAUGUGCCUGUGUUCCAAUAGUUGUAUCUUUAUGAUACUUUUGACUUGCAUGAAAUGGCAAUGUCAUCAGAGCUAUAGCUAUACCUUCAUUGUGUACAUAUUGUUGUGUGAAUGUACAGUAAUGUUUUUCCUCCUGUACCUGUCUUACUGCAGGUACACAAUUUUGCCCCUCCUAGAGGUUAUACCUCCAAGUGUGUAAGGUUACCAAGGGAUUCUGAUAUCAUAGGAGACAAUUCAAAUCUAGAUACUAAAACAAAUUCUUUGCAUGAUAAGUCGCUAGUUAAAACUUGUUUCGACUUUGAGAGUCCCAUUUUGUUCCCAUUUAAGAUAAAACGCAUUGAUAAAAAUGGAGAGCAAGAGAGGACGACUAAAUUUGUCACAAAACUGGGACAUCUUUCACAUGCAGAAAGACUCUACAUUUUUCAAUGUUAUCAUAUAGAACACACAGAUGUGAUAGAACUAUAUGAAUACUUGGAAAUAAUGACAAGGAAGUUGUUGCUUACUUGAACAAUGGAAGGAUGUAACCAAAAGAUUGGUCAUUGAAUGCUCCUUAGUUAUCCCUCCUCUUGUUUGAUGCAUAGUUGAUGAAUAUUAGCUCACAUUUCUUUAUAUUUAAUAUCCUGAGUUCAUCUACAUACUCACUAAAACUACAUUUUUACUUUUUAAAAGGCAUGCUGCUGUAUUUGUACGUAUUUGUUAUAUGUACAGUACUCUGGUGUUACUCAGAUGUCACACCAGGCUACUGGGAUUGUUUUGUACCAAUGAACAUGUCCUUUACUGAUUUUGUGUUAAUUCCCACCUUAUACUUAUUUUGGUUUGUAGAUCAAUCAUGUUGUAUGAUGAAGAAAAAAAGGGAACUGUUCAGUCUUCAAAUAGAAAAGAUAACACAUCAUAGCAGCUGUAGGAUUAUUGUUUAUUAAGAAAGGAUACAAAACAAAGUUAGAAAACAAAAUAUCAUGGAGGAAAAAAUCCAUAUAUCAUGAAAUCAUCAUCAUUAAUCAUUGCAUGGUGUUAAAGGUCAUACUUCAUAACAGGGAACAAACAUUCCCAGACUGAAGUCAGGAAAUAGACUUCUUUUAUGAUAUUUACUGACAUUACUAAAAUACAAAAAAAAAAUAUGCAAGCCAUAUAUCCUACACUAUCUGGAACAUAUUGGUACAUCUUUAAUCUUAUAUUAUUUAUAAUAAAACCCUUUUUACAAA